CCGACGAAGAAGAGCGACGGAAAUCGAGGGUGGAAACAUGGCUUGGUUCUUAGUUUUGAUUUCUGUGUUUGUCUGCAAUCUCAUGAAAAUACUCCUGCCGACCACAUCAUCUUUUCUGGUGCAGAAAGAUGCUGAGCAGGAGAGUGAGAUGAGGGCUGAAAUCCAGCAGAUGAAGAAGGAGCAGUCUUCCAUAAGCAUGAUGGAUGAGUUUGCAAGAUAUGCCAGAUUGGAGCGCAAAAUUAACAAGGCAACAGACAAACUUAAAACACACGUGCAGUCAAGAACAGCUCAACAAGCCAAAAUGAAGUGGGUUGUGAACAUUGUCUUUUACAUAUUGCAGGCUGCUCUGAUGAUCUCAUUGAUCUGGAAGUAUUACUCUGAUCCAGUGACUGUGGUCCCCAGUAAAUGGAUUGCCCCCGUGGAGCGACUUGUGGCUUUUCCGACAGGAGUGGCAGGUGGUGUGGGAAUCACGUGCUGGCUGGUGGUUUGCAACAAAGUUGUCACACUGGGACUUAAUGCCAUCAGCUAAAACUCUGCUGGGAUUUGGAAACGUGUUUUGAUUAAUAAAAGCUGUUUUCUGUCGGCUAAUCUGAACCAAGAUUAAGGCUGUUCCAUUUGUAAUUUUAAUUUAUUAUA